AUGCGCUGGCUUGAGGCGCUUCGCCGGGCCAUGGAGCUUCAGCGCCAAAGGGGGAAGACGGUGAUCCUGGCGGGAGACCUGAACCUCAAGAACAGAGUGGAAGACGGCCACUGGAGCAGUCUACCGAUCCGCCCAAUCUGCGUGGAGCAUAUCCUGGAAGGUAGAGCCGCUCCCGUCGAUGCCGAGUUGGAUGCGGAGCUCAAGGCCGUGGGAAAGCACUGGGGCCAGCUCUUGGAAUGCUUUCGCACGAAGCAGGUCUCGCAGAUGGAGACGCGGAACACGAAGACCGGCCAGGUCUACCAGAGAUGGGGCGCUUUUGCGAGACCGGUGCCAGAUGCUUCGGGUGUGGUGGGCGAUGCGGUGCGCAUCGGCAUGCCCAUGGAGCUUCGAGAAUAUGCCGAGUACAGCUUUCUCGUCGACGGUGUGGGCGUCGAUGAGGAUGGCGAGAUCAUUUUGGGGCCUGGCUCCACCACCGCUUCCUACGUGCUUCGUGAGCCUGGCGAGAUCACCAUUGGUGAGCUUGCAGAAGGCUUGAAGAAGUUGGCGGGUGUUGAACUCGGCCUGAAGGCACGGGAAUGGAUCGUCCGCAACUGGACGACGCCGGGAUCUGCACCGGUGGUGAGGUCCUGGUUCCAGGGCCUUCUGCGAACCGGCUUCGUCGACACUUUCGCAGAGCUUUAUCCCCAAGCUCAAGAGCGCUUCACCUGCUGGGACCAAUACCGGAACAAGCGCCACGAGAAUGAGGGGGCCCGGAUCGACUACAUUCUCGUGGACAGACCAUUCUUCGAGAAGCAUGCUGUGGCGGGGGCAGGUCUGGACUGCCGUGGGAUCAAGGACCCCAACUCCACGAUGGCAGCGCACGCUGCGGCCAC